GUUCCCACCUACUUCUUGUGUGUGUUUUCGGUUUAUGAAACUCAAUCAAAUAUUUCAUGUGAUCGUUUUUAAACUGUUAUCUGUUGGUAACUGAGGGUUGUUGAAAAUGUAGAAAAGGAUGAUUCCCAGGUCUCAGAGUGCCCUUCUCCUCUCCUGGCACCGAUUCCAGAAUUUAAGCCAUCGAUUGAUUGGUUACCAGCUGAGGAGCAAUAUACGAGACUGCUACAGUGUUCUGAAUGUGACUAACGACAGUUCUGAUGAUGAAGUGAAGGAAGCGUACCUCAGACUGGCCAAGAUCUAUCACCCUGAUUCCGGGACUUCUUCGGCCGACCCUCGCAAAUUUAAUCAGAUUAAAGAGGCAUACGUAGCUAUUAAGAGUCAUAGAAGUGAGCGAAGUACCCAUACAGACACAGACCAUUCCAUAGAAGAUGACCUUGACUUUGAUAUAAAACACACGGUUCCUCAGCAUCGGCAGUAUCUCAGCUAUGAUGGCGUGGGAUUUGGCACUCCACAACAGAGACAAAAACAAUAUGCCCAACACAGAGUAAGAAAAGUCUCAGAGGAUUUAUUUGAGCACAAGAAGGCUAGAUGGAUGAAGCCAUCAGAGACGGCUUUGGUGAAUAAAACCAAGUCAAUCGCUCGCAGAAACAAAAUGAGUAAAACCAUUGACCGCGUGGUUGAGGAUUUGAUUCAAGAGUCCAUGCAGAGGGGGGACUUUGACAACCUUGCGGGUUACGGUAAACCUAUCCAGUACAAAGACAGGGACAGGAACCCGCUAGUAGACGCCACCACGUAUAAAAUUAACCAGAUGCUGAAAGAAGAAGGAUUUGCUCCGGACUGGAUCAUGCUAGAGAAAGACAUAAGGGAUGGUAUAUCUGAAUCCAGACAUAACCUUGCCAGAGUACUAGAAAGAAUAGGACAUCCCCCAUUUCCAUCCUCUCAUCUGGAAAAGAUUUGGAAGUAUGAAUGUGAAAAGUUCAAAGCCAACAUUUCCCUGAUCAAUGACAAUGUCAAGAAAUUCAACCUGAUUGUCCCUGUAAUGAAGAAGCAGCUCAUACCUUACAGCUACGACAGGGAACUAGAGAAAGUCGUGACAAGCCACACAGAGUACCUAACUGCUGCUCCUUCUAAAAGCUUGGCAUCAGAGGCGUAUAGUAUUUUAGGAGAUAGAGAUAAAAUAAAUCAUUAUGAUGGCUCCUUUAGGAAUCAAGACUCAGACUCUAAUUCUUAUGAUAACGUGAUUCUGUGGGGAGAAGUAUGGAAACAAAUCAAACUGAUGUUUUCCUGGAAAAAAUCUAAAUCUUCAUGACGGGUAUAUGAAAAACUACCUUAAUUUUAAUUCCUGAUUGAUAAAUAAUUUAUCUCAAAUUGUUGUUUUUUUAAUAAUAACUUUUGAUUGAUUGUGUAUUAAAGUUUUAAGAUAACAUAUCUGUGAUAAUAUUGAUUUUGUUGACCA